AUGUUUAGAGCACUACAAAAGGCGGGCGAAGACGUCAGUGUGUAUGGCAAUGCGCCUUGGAAAGACUUCACGGCAAUGGACUUUGCAGAGGCUUUGGUCGUUUGUCGCAAUAAGCGCAUUGAUCAAGGACUUAUCGAAGGAACACCAAUCAUAGGUGGUGACUAUGAGCGAAAGCCGCGAUCCAUCAGCUCCACCAAAAAGAAAGAUAUCCUCCGUAUACACACAUCUCCAGCGAAAGAGCCCGACCCGAUCUCGAAACGCGAAUCUCUGUUCAUUUUAAGGUGCCUCCAUUCCUACCUUGAAAUGAUCAAGAAUGCUGCUAUUGACGAGGCAGAAACCUCACAGCACGGCAGCCCACAAGCGGGAGUAGAUGACACGAAUGCAUUUGUCAACCCUUACCCAGAGCUCUGCAGCACACCCGGGUUCGAGCUUGACGGGACACCUCUCACAGAUGUCAAGAUCAUUUUGGACUAUUUUUCGAAGCCCAUGAUCUCAGAAAAAGCCCAAAUGCUGUGCGGAGAGAUCGACCGUGACAGCAAACACUACUUGGUAUGCCUAAAAGAAGUCUACUAUAUCCAAAGGACUGAGCUGUGGCGCGAGAUGAUGAAGAGCGUAAGUGUUGAUACUGAUAGUGAACUCGGAAAUCAGGUGGAGGCUAUUGUCAACGACACUUUUGUCAAUGUAGAUGAUCUGUAA